AUGCUGCUGUUGCUGCUGCAUGAAGUGGUUGGUUGCUGUCUGUUAGCUGUCUUAUCAGAAGCGUUGGUGCAGUCAGAUCUACAGCGACGCGUUAAUUCAUUCUUCGAAGCGCCAGGCCACACCAAUAACUGGGCAGUGCUGGUCUGCACGUCGCGCUUCUGGUUCAAUUACCGUCAUGUUGCGAAUGUGCUUUCGCUCUAUCACUCCGUGAAGCGACUCGGAAUUCCCGACAGGUGA